AUGGCAGCGCCUGUACACCACACAGUCGAUUUCAGUGGACUAUGGCCUCUAGGGCCUACUACAUAUGUGCUUGGCAUCCUCCUGUUGGGACUGACAGCGGGGAUGUUGGUAGUUCGACGAUAUCACAUUUCUAUCGCAAAGAAAAAGACCAAGUCAACUCUUCCAGACCAUAAAGAACCGAUGAUCAUCCCCCUAGAGGAGUUCGACUGGGAGAAGACCGAGCCAUUACAGUUCCGACCAUUCCAAGGGAAAGACAAAUACAAUUUGACCAUGGCGCUCGAGAACCUGAACCCAUCGGAUCUCAUACAAAUAGAUAAAACAUACAAGGAUCGGAUUGCCCUUCGGAUAUCGCUACUUGAAAGACACCAUGAUAUCGUAAUCGCAGUCAACAAUGAUCAAGAUCUGCGUGUUCAGUCCGCCGUUAGCGAGCUAUACACUUUUGUGCUGGGGAAAUACCUCCCAACUCGAUAUCCAAGCAUGUUCCAAGUGAACCUCGAAGACUCGCUCUUCCAAAACUUAGUGACAGGUGACACUUGGCCAACAAGCCUAUCAUCGAAAACUUCCACCAUCCAAGCCCUCGAAAUUCUAACACAAACCGUGGACGAAGACUUCCUGAUCUUAUUGCCAGAACUCUCACCCAAAGAUAACGAUCAACCAAAGUACGUACUGCAAGCAUACACAACCUGUUUCCCGUCUGGCUUCAAUCCUCAUAAGAAGCUCGGUCUACGCUUGGCGGAUAUACACGGGCCGGUGCCUGGUUAUCAUGAUAAGCUUGAGCGUAGUAUGGACCGAUUUUUCGCACGCAUCGAGGUUGGGAAAUACGUCAAGAGAGUCAACUGGAGCAUUACUAUCGACACAGAGCUGUUUGCUGCUUUUGGUGGGACGCACGCUGUAUCGGGCGAGAAGGAGGAAGCUAUUGAGCCUGGGAAACUGAAGGUCGAUCAGACUGUUCUUCGCUGUGAGCGGCAGACACUACAUCGGCUGCCGGUCUCUAAAGCUCUUGUUUUUGCAAUUCAUACUUAUACAUAUCCGAUUAGCCAGAUCAAGGAAGAAGGCUUUGGUGAAGAUCUUGCAAAUGCGGUCGAUGGACUGAAAAAGGGCAAUGUACCAGAUAUGCACGCAUACAAGAGGGGGGAUGUGUGGGGAGAUGCAUUGAAGGAAUAUUUAAGAGGCUAG